AUGCCGUUGCCGUUCCCGUUGCACGCCAUUACUAACAGAAGCAUCGCAACAGCUCCGCAACAGGUGCUGUCAGAAAAAUACUCGCCUCGAGCCGCAUCGCGCCUCAACCACGUUCACGUCCCCGACCACGACGAGGACGAUGGCAGGGACAGCACCUUACGACCUGCUGUGCUAGACCCCUCUACCGCCCGAUUUAUCGCCCACUCGCGCCAAUCCUCCCUCGAGAAGCUCGAGUCGGCAGGGCUCGCUGGCAUCCCCGAGUCGGAGUCUUCGUUGCCAUCAUCGGCUGUCUCGAUUACGUCGCCGCGCGCACAGUCACCCGCUUCGCGCCAGGGCCUGGCCGGGAUAUUGGAAAGAGUGGUUGAUUCUAAGGCCACCGCAGCCUACGGGCACCACAGGCAGACGUCCAUUGUCCAUGGCAUCCAACAUUCGAGGAAUAACUCGUCUUCGAGUCCUCUCAGCCCGCAGAUGAUCGCUGCUGCUGGAGCUGGUCUUUUGCCCGAAAGACCUGAAAGGCCUGAUUUGCAUGUAAUGGGCCGUGUCGACUCCGAGAUGUCCAACAUGUCCAUGACCUCCAGACCACCGACAGCCAUCUCGGGCACCGCCGUAACCUCCAGCGCCCACCCCGGGGCACCCGAGAGUAUAACUAGCACCCUAACGCAGAGAAAGAUGGAACGGAUGCACAGCAAAGCCAGGCGCGAUCACAACCACCAUCAUUCACAUUCUUCCAAGCACCACAAUGAGCAGAAGACCGUUGGCGAAUAUGCCUUGCAUGUUCUUUUUACACAUUUCAUUGCGCUAGCUGAAGAGAAGCUCAAUGAAAGCAUUACAGUACCCUUUGAUCCAGAGCCCCAGAUCGAGCAGAUAUGCGGCCCUGGAGCCGAUCCCGCCUUUGACCAGUUUAUUGUAGCAUUGGGACAUAUUGCAAAACAGAAGCCAAAGCCCUUGAUUGACUUGAUUAUGCUAUGGAGGAAACAUAAGAGCGAAUCAGCCAGUGAGGCCCGGGGCCAACUCCAACAAUCACGUAGCCAGCUUCCUGGCGGCCCUCUGUUGAGGCGAAAUACGGAGCCGCUCCAAGUCGUGGCUGCUAACAACCCAACCGACAAUGGCGCCGCCAAUGAGCAGACAUCCAUUGUAUCGAGGCAGGAAUACUUGGUUCAGGCUGACCGACGCUCAAUCGUGUCUAUAUACAUCCUGUGUCGUGUCCUCCUAGAAGUCAUCAGCCAAAGCAGCCUCAUCUCCAUCACGCUUGAGAUGGAGGACAAACUGGAGGGCAUCAUUUUUGGUCAACUCAAGAUUGCAGACAUCGAGCAGCUCUUCAUCUCCCCACUUAAGAUGGCCAACUGGAACCUAUUUGCCCAACUGCUCGGGGCCAUGAGCGAAAUCAACUUCGUCAGUGUUACCGAAAGGUUCAUCACGGACCUUGACCGGUCGCUGCAAGACCUGGCCGCAAGAAGUCCAACGAACGCCAAUCGAGACCCUGAGGGGCAGAUGGAAUUGGUUUUGAGUGGCAUGAAACAUCUACGCAUCAAGUUAUCGCCAGACGAAGCGUGGGAUCAGUCCUGCGACUUUUUAGUGGCACUGGGGCGGCUCUUUGCGAGAUCCCAUGGCCAGAAGGUCAAAUCGGCCUUCUGUCAAGUCCUUGACACACUGUUGCUCCCAAUCGCGGCCAAAGCAAGCAAUAGCCACUUCAGCCAUCCCAAGUGGGGUGAAGUUAUCAGCAACAUCAGCCCACGUCUGGCGCAGAUGUUCAUCAAGCCGCGACAUUGGCAGUCUGCAUUUCCCCUCACGGCGACCAUGGUAUGCGUGUCUCCGCCUGACAAUUCCGUCUCUCAAUGGUUGCAACUAGUAUUGCCCCUUCAGCCGCGGUUGAAAGAUCGGGCCGUGCGACCUUUAUGCCUCCAGGUCAUUUCGAGGCUGCUGUGGACCUAUCUAUACCGAAGCAAUGAUUCGUUAACGGGCGUGGUCCGAAAGCUGGAUGAGGUGAUGAAGCUCGUCUUGCCGCCUAACAAACGAACCUACACGGUGGCCGACACGGCUGUGUCUGGCCCUCUCAUCCAGAUCAUCCGUGUGGUCGGAUACAAACAUCCAGAGUAUUGCUUCAAGAACGUCAUCUUUCCACUCAUCAAUGCGGAGCAGUUCAAUUCCAAUAAAGAGCUCAAGGUCGAGCAGCUCGACCCUGACAGAAUAGUAAUUGGAAUAAGGGCCUUUCUUGCCAUCAUGUCUGAUUUAGAGAAGGGUGAGCAGGGCCGGCCGCCGUUUCCGCUAGAGAACACAGCCCCUUCUAAUUCCGACCGUUUGGCGCCCAGCUCCCCCGGUGCUGCUUCAACCCAAAGCGCACCGCCGUCUGGCCUUGCCAUGGCGGCAGUCCCUGACAAUACUCUGUCGAAACCCGUCCGGGUCCAAGUCUUGAGUGAUGUUGCUCGGGACUACUACAAGAAAUUCUCUGAAAUUCUUGGCAAAGUCACAAUCAUCUGCGACAACACAUUCGGAGGGCAAGCUGUGCUUGACGAGAAGUUCAACAGUCCGGGACCCAAGACGCCAAUCGCCGAGACCUUCAAUUUCUCGCGCCGAGAAGACCACCAGAGCCAGGCCGAGCAGAAGCAAGCGUUUUAUGAGCUAUUACACGUUGCUGUACAGGCGUUACCCCGUUGCCUUUCCGUGGAUAUCCCCUUCAACUCGUUAAUCAACCUAUUGUGUACGGGUACAGCCCAUGUUCAACCCAACAUAGCCGAGUCCUCCGCACAGUCUUUGAAAUCCAUCGCAAGGCAGUCUCAUGCACACCAAGUCACAACUGGAUUUGCUCGUUUUAUUUUCAAUUUCGAUGACCGUUAUUCCACCAUGUCUGAUGGUGGAAUGCUCGGGCCGGGUCACAUAGAGAACACCCUUCGCCUGUACGUCGAAUUGUUGCAGAUCUGGAGGGACGAGAUCAGGCUGAAAACGAAAGAGGCCGCAUCCGACGCUGGAGAGGGCAAUGAAUCUGACAAGCGAGCAAUGAAGCUCGACCUGUCCAGUAUAUGGGCCGAGGUUGAGCACGUUGAGGCUCGUGGGCUGUUUUUUCUCUGCUCGCAAUCACGAAGAGUACGAUACUAUGCGGUCACUGUACUUCGACUCAUCACCGAGUUCGAUGCUGUCCUUGCAAAAGACGCGGCCAAAGAAAAUGACAACCAACGCCUGAUAGAUAUCCUGGAAAACGACUCGGUCCAAGUCAUGAAUUUUAAAGACGAACACCUUUCCGUCGCUGAGCGCAGCCGGUUGCAACGAGGCAUGCAGAACAGUAAUAAUCGUGGCGCUUUGAUAGAAUUGUGCACCAGCGAUGUAUCCUACGACACGACACUAUGGUUCAAAAUAUUUCCGAAUCUCAUUCGCGUUGCAUACGAUCGCUGCCCCUUUACGGUCACCAUCAGUCGUGACCUAGUUUGCAACAGGAUACUUCAAAUGUACAAGGGCAUUGUCGUCAUGUCUGAACCUACCAGGGGCCUAUACUACGGCCCCGAACCCGGGAGUUCCCGGUACACUGGAAGAACGCCAACAACGCAGCCAGAUGUGCUGGUCGAACAGUUCAAGCUGUAUCUUACAUUUGCUUGUACAACACUAGUUGAUACUGGGCCGUCUCAGAACGGCCUGACCCAAGGAGGCCAGCAUUCUCGGGGGGGCUCCAAAUCAACGGAGAAGAUUAUUUCAGCGAGAAUACUCUUCAAGUAUCUGAUCCCAUUACUAUCCGUCUCCUCUGCAUCGGUUCGGGAGGCCAUAGUACUCGCAAUGGGCUCCAUCAAUGUCAACAUUUACCGCACACUCCUCGAAGAGCUCUCAGGACAGGUAUCACGGUGCAAUGAUGAGGCGAGGGCACGGCUUCACCAGCGAAGCAACAGCAGUCCGCGGCGCAACCGCAAGAUGGACCUCUUGCGGACCGAGUUGACUCAUGUGUACAAACUUACUUCUCACUUCCUCAAGGACACGGCGGUCUGUCAGGAUGACUGGAUUAUGAACAACCUCUGUGUAUUCACCAAGGAUCUGAAACUAUUUCUCAUGGAUGGGGAGGUGCAGAUGGACUGGGAGUUUCAGAAACUCCGUCGCCAUUACUGUGGCCUCAUGGAAGAACUCUUCGAAGGUAUUAAUCGAACUAAGGAUCCUUCGAGAUGGAUGACGUUUGAAUCGAGGAAGUCGUCAUUCGCCUUGAUGGAGGAUUGGUGUGGCUUCUCACCCCACCAACAGCAAAUCCGCCAACGGGAAGACUCCAUGAGACAGUCGUUGAUAGACCAACAGUCGCUAGGCGAGCGAGGCACAGUGACUGCCGCCAUGGAAAUCGAGAAGAGAAAUCUUCGAACGGCAGCCCUGAGUUCCAUGGCCGCUCUCUGCGCCGGCCCAAUAAGUGUUACUACGGAGAGUGGGGCCGCGCUGCAGUUCGAUAUCCGACGCAUGCUUGCCUGGGUGGAAAUGAUCUUCAACUCUGGCAGUGACAGACUCAAUGUUAUCGGCAGACGUGCGUUGAAGAACCUUAUUGUAUGCAACCAGGAGUACCCGUACCUUUUGGAACAUUGUAUUGCACGUUGCUAUCUGGCAGACGUCGCCAAAGUCCUCGAAAGCUACUUUGCGGUAGUGGCCGAGGUGCUCCUGGAGCAUACUAAUUACCCUUCACCGUUCUGGAGACUCCUUGGUCUCUGCCUAUUUACACUAGGCAAUGAUUCGAGCGACAUCCGAUCCAAGUCGGCACAUGUUCUUAGAGCCCUCGAAGAGAGGCAAUUGGCAGCCCGUACUUCCAAGAUCCAAGAUUUCGACAUAAGUAUCUCGGACAAGACCAAAGCAGUGUACAAGCUUGCGCAGUUCGAGAUAUCCAAGCGACUUGCCAAACAACACCCAGAACAGGCCUUCCACAUCUUCUCCGAAUUCACGCUGUAUUUCAAGAGUCUUCAGGCCGGCGCCCAGCGCAACGUAGUUGCAGUCAUCCUGCCAUGGAUCCAGACGAUUGAGCUUCAGGUUGAUCCUAACGGCGGCCCAAUUGCGAACUCGUAUGUUCUGCUCGCCAACCUGCUCGAGAUCACCAUCAAGUCCAGUGCGGCUCUGCACAACGAAGUCCAAGCGCUCUGGCAAGCACUGGCGACAGGGCCGCAUCCUGGCAAUGUUCGUCUAGUUCUAGACUUCAUCAUUUCACUGUGUCUGGAACGACGUGAGCAGAACUUUGUCGAGUAUGCCAAGCAGAUCGUUGUAUUCUUGUCGAGCACCCCGAGCACGCCCGGGAUCAAGGUGGUCGAGUUCCUGCUCCUGCAGAUAAGUCCCAAGGCCAUGGUGCCGAAUGAGAAACGAGAGGUCGUUCCACCGCCUCCAGAUAUCAACCAAUUGCCGUACUGUGCCGAUUUAGCAGAGGCUCUUCCUGUCGGCACUAAACAAGCCGGCUUCUCAUUAGGACAGCUGUCGCUGAUACUGUUGGUCGACUUGAUGGUUUCUCCAGUUCAGUUGACAGCUGACAACCUACCCGUGCUUCUGCAAGUGGUCACUGUGUUAUGGGAUCACUAUACACCUCUUGUUCAAGAGCAGGCUCGUGAGAUGCUCGUACACUUGAUCCACGAGCUUGUCAUCUCCAAAAUGGAUGAUGCCAUCCCAGCUGAGACCAAAGAGUCGAUUGAAGACCUGAUUGAUUCUAUCCGCCGCCACGACCGAUCAGUGGUAUGGAGCUACGAAGACAGCAAUGGAAAAGCCGACGACCGGGAAACCAAAGUACCACACAGCAUGGAAUAUUUGACGUCCGAGGUGGUGAGGACAUUCGAAGUGACCUUCCCUGGUAUCAAAGAACAGUGGAGCCGCUUGUCACUGACUUGGGCGACAUCAUGCCCCGUCCGGCAUUUGGCCUGUCGCUCUUUCCAGAUCUUCCGGUGUAUCCUGACGUCGCUUGACCAGUUGAUGCUGGGAGAUAUGCUGGCAAGGCUGUCUAAUACUAUUGCCGAUGAAGACUCUGAGAUACAAACAUUUUCCAUGGAAAUCCUGACAACGCUGAAGACACUCAUCACCAAACUCGACUCGGAGAAGCUCCUAUCCCUCCCUCAGCUGUUUUGGACUACGUGUGCCUGCUUGGAAUCCAUCAAUGAAAGAGAGUUCCUUGAGGCCGUCGAGAUCCUCAACGAGUUCCUGGAUAAGCUCGACUUCCAUGACCCUAACGUCAGGCGGAUUUUGGCCGAAGGCCAGCCACCCAGGUGGGAUGGCUCGUUUGAAGGCGUCCAACCGCUUCUUUAUAAGGGCCUACGAUCCUCUAUCUGCCUAGAGCCAACGCUCAAAACUCUUGAUAAGCUUGUUCAACUACCAAGCGAUAACCUUAUUGGGGACGACAACCGUCUGUUCUUCACAAUCGUUGCCAAUUUCCCGCGGUUCUUGCAAGCACUGGAUCAGGAGUUGGACUCCCUUAGCGACGAGUUGACACAUACAGCCUACAUCCUCUUCCAAGUUGCGGAGAUUCUGGGAUAUAGAACCAUCUGCGUGGUGUUGGAUGGCUUUAUCAGUUGCGGAUACCGUUCGAGCAAGGACUUCCUCGUGCAGCUCUUCUACGCACUGCGAGAAUGCUACCUGCCACAGCUGGACUUUAGGAUGCUGACGACACUGAUGGGGUUCCUGACCAAUAGCAUGUCGUGGGUCAAAAUUAUGACAAUGCGUAUCCUCUGUGUCAUUAUUCCGGAGAUGGAUAUGAGCAAGGCAGAGAUCGCCGGCCACGGGUCGGACCUCAUCUCGCCACUGCUGCGACUGCUGCAAUCCGAAUUUUGCAUGGAGGCGCUCGAGGUCCUGGGCAGCAUCAUGACUAUGUCGGGAACGUCGAUGGACAAACAUCACCUGCGCAUGAGUAUGACGCGUUCGUCGUCCAAGACAGUCCGAAAAGAAUAUGAGCGGACACAGAGCCUAUUUGGGAUUCCCGAAGAAUCUGGCUGGGCCAUCCCCAUGCCGGCCAAGAAGACAGACGUAACGCGCGCAAAUAUCCACGCCGCCUUCUACAUGUGCCAGUCGGAUGCUGAAGACGGUAUUCCGACUGAUCCCACUCCUACGCCUGAGGUCGAGUUCCACAAUGAUGAUUUCCCCUAUGGCUACUUCCAAAUGCCGGAUCGAACCGACACCAUGAUGUCGGACGACGUCCGUGGGGAGGGCCAAGCGGGUGCCGACUUGGUCACUAAACUUGACAGUCUCGAUGACUUCUUCGACGACAUGUCGCAGAGCCCCCCGAGCGAUGGGCGCUCGUCGCGCACCAUCACCGAGUUCUCUCCUGACGGAUAUGAAUCCACAACACAAAUUUACGACGAGCAAAUUCUACCCAUCUUGCACCAGGCCAGCAGCAACACGUCGUUCCAGAAUGGCUUCGUCGACCGUCCCACCGUUACCCCUCCGUCGCGCGAUGGUCCCAGCAAUACGAUGAACCCAGGCGCAUUCAGCAUCAACUCGACGUUGCGCCCGGUACUUCAUUCUCGCUCUGUCACCUCCCCGUCUGCGCCAGCCAGCUACAAUCCCAACAUGGCCGAGUUCACCUCGGAUGAUGAGUUCAAUGAAGACGUCUUCUCGGACGGAGAUGACGAGCGGCCGAGCCAAGGCGGGCCAGCGGACGGUUCCUUCUUCCUCGAGAACAUGAUCAGGCCUGUCAAGCAAGCGACAAAGACACACAUGCGUCGGCUGACUGGCGGGCGAUCAAGAGAUGCCGAACGCCAGCGGGAUCUUUUCCGCACCCAGGCACAAGCCAGCCCGCAGGUUCCGAAGGUCCCUAAUUCGUUCCUGCAGAUGAUGCCGAACUCCCCAGGAGACAUGUUGUAA